AAUUAUACUCUUUCGUUUUAGUUGUGUUGUGAAAUUGCUUAGUUUGGUCCUUUAUAUUAAUAGUAGAUCUGCGGUCAUUUGACUGGAAAGAUGGGAUUGUCAAUUUCAUCUUUAUUCACAAAGCUGUUUUCGAAACAGGCCAUGAGAAUUUUAAUGGUUGGUUUGGAUGCUGCUGGAAAGACAACAAUUCUGUACAAGUUGAAACUUGGAGAAAUCGUAACCACCAUUCCUACUAUUGGAUUCAAUGUUGAAACUGUAGAAUACAAGAAUGUAUGUUUCACGGUUUGGGACGUGGGUGGUCAAGACAAAAUUCGUCCUCUAUGGCGACAUUACUACCAGAACACACAAGGAAUUAUUUUUGUUGUUGACAGCAAUGAUAGGGAACGUUUAGAAGAAGCAAGAGAUGAAUUGCAUAAAAUGAUACAAGAAGAGGAGUUAAAAGAUUCGUACAUCCUUAUUUUUGCCAACAAACAGGAUCUUCCAAAUGCUGUUCCAUGUUCAGAACUCACAAACAAAUUAAGUCUCUCGGAAAUUAAACAUAAAAAGUGGUAUGUUCAAGCUGCAUGUGCUACAGAGGGCACUGGGUUGUAUGAAGGUCUUGACUGGCUUUCAAAUGAACUGGGGAAGAACUGAAAUGUUGCCUGAUUUCAUAUGUUCUGCACUAUUAGAUUACUGACCAUCCCACCUCUUGACAAAGGGUUGUAAAAAUAUAGAACAAAUUAACAAAACUUGUCUGCAAAAGAUGAUACUUUGACUCUGGUAGGGUGGGGGAAGACGGGACACCUUUACCACAUGAUACCCAAAUAUGCUAAUCGUGAAAAAAACAAUUAACAACGGUCUAUAAGAGUCGUGAGGAUACGCUUGUAUAAUUCUUGUAAUGUUCUUUGUUUACAACCAAAUGGGACGAGAAAAUAGAAUGAAAAGGUGUCCCAUCUUCCCCCAACAUACUAUAAUGUUAUGUAGAACUUAUUGUACAGUUUUAAUUCUAUUUUCCAAGAAAACACUAUUUAAACAUUGAAUGCUGCAGAGUAACCCCCCUGCAGUAGUACAGGUCUCUUAUAUUGUUAUGGUGUGGUAUUAGUGUACAGUGUCAUAUUCGUCCCCAUUAUGUAAAGUAUAUAGUUUUCUGGUGGCUUGCAUUUGUAAGCUUGUUGUAGAGACUUAUAUUCUAACCAGAAAUCUGCCUGUUAUUUCAACAUAGUAAAUUGGUUAUAAAAUAACCCUGUUUAAGUCGUUACAAUUGACACUACACAUGUUAUAAUUAGAUCUAAAAAUUGUUACGCAACACCCGUGCAAUCACAUUUACGUUCAGAAUCAUCGUACCCAAUGUUGCUGCUGUUUAAUUGGCAAAGUACAGGGACUUGUAGCGUGUAUUUAUGAUUGCAAAUAUAGUAUUUAUAAAUAAAAGUUUGGAAUAUAUUUAGAGAA